AUGUUAGACGAGCCAACAGAAUACAAUAAUAAUAAAAUACAGCGACUUCUAAAAGCUAAUCCUGAGCUUGUCACAGCAAUUAAAAUUCUGAAAGCUCAAGAACCCUUGCAAGAAAAAACAUUAGUGGAAAAAACACGUGAAUUGGCUGUAAGAUUAGAACGGCAAAUGUUUAGCUUUAUCCCGGGAGUAACUGGAUUGACCUCUUAUCGAAAUUUUUUAAUUUUAGAUUUAUCAAGACAGUUAUAA